AUGUCGCAGGUCCACAGCCCGACUUUCCGAGAUCGUCUGCGAUUUCGCGAGAAAGCAGACGACCAGACGACAAUCUGGCUGUUUAGCGGCGAAGAGUUGAACAUUCAGUUUGAGCUCCCAAGUCCCGCUGUCGUGGACAUCGUCGACAUCCGGUACUCAAACGACGGCGAUUACGAUCUGAUCUCCGUCAGUCUGGAUGGCAAGGAGCUAGGCCAGUUCAAGACGAACGCGCACUACGCGUGGGGCGACCUCUGGAACGCCUUCGAGUCUUCUGGUCCCGUGGGAGGUGCCCAGUUCCUCGCCGCGGGACAGCACGAGAUAUCGCUCAAGGUGCUAGACUCGGAUGAGUACGGCCUUGAGGUUGACUACAUCCGGAUCAGCGCACACGGGUCCCGCGUGGAAAAUCUUAGGAACGAGCACUUCCUGUGUUCCCAUACCCCGGGAAAGGCGGAGUCAAAGGCACGGAAAGCAAACUGA